AUGCCAGAACCAGUUACACUUGACGAGAAGAUUGCCGUGGCCACGCCAAUUGGUACCAAUACAAGUGCCUCGCCAGCGGUGACAGUGGCGCCUUUAGUGCUGUUAUCGGUAGUUGACCAUUAUAAUCGGAUUGCCAAAGAUACCAAAAAACGAGUUGUCGGUGUUAUUCUUGGUGAUAAUAAUGGAAAAGGAACGAUUCGUGUAACCAAUAGUUUCGCAGUUCCUUUUGAAGAAGACGAAAAGAACCCUGGUGUGUGGUUUCUUGAUCACAACUAUAUUGAGGGUAUGAGAGAUAUGUUCCGAAAGGUCAAUGCCAAAGAAAAAUUGAUUGGCUGGUAUCACUCGGGGCCAAAGCUUCGUGCUUCGGAUCUUCAGAUCAAUGAACUGUUCAAGAAAUAUACUCAAGAUCCACUACUAUUGAUCGUGGAUGUUCAGCCCAAGACAGUGGGAAUCCCCACUGAUGCCUACCUUGCAGUGGAGGAGAUUAAAGACGAUGGUACCACAUCCGAUAAAACAUUUGUUCACGUUCCUUCUUUGAUUGAAGCUGAAGAGGCCGAAGAGAUUGGUGUUGAGCAUUUGUUGCGUGAUAUUCGAGACGCUGCUGCCGGAAGUCUGGCUACUAGAAUCACCAACCAGCUGACCUCGCUCCAAGGAUUACACAAUCAUCUUCGUGGAAUUGCCGCCUAUCUCCAGAAGGUUCUUGAUGGUCAACUUCCUGUGAAUCAUGUCAUUCUCGGCAAGUUACAGGAUGUGUUCAACCUUUUGCCCAACCUUGCUACGCCAACUGUUGAGUCCAACGACGAAGCAACGACUUCUCUGAACAAAGCCUUCACAGUAAAGACCAACGACGAGUUGAUGGUGGUUUAUCUAUCAUCCUUGGUUCGUGCCAUCAUUGCCUUCCACAACCUCAUAGAAAACAAGAUCGAGAAUAAGGGUGAGUCGGCGGCUGCUACCGCCUCUUCUUCGACCCUCGUAGAUACCACCACCGGCACCAAGGGCGAGGCAGAAUCAAAGCCUGUCAAGCCUUCUGACGAAAAGAAAUAG